AUGAAUUCGCUAAUAGAAAAAUUAUAUAGUCAGAAGUAUUCUUAUUUAGAUAUUCGCAAAAGAGUCUUUCAAAUAGAACAAAUCAUUAACUCUAAAAUAAAAACUGGAAAUCAAAAAGACAGUUUAACAAAUGCAGUUUCCCCCCAAAAGACACAAAGUUUUAAUAAGUUUGCGCAAUUUAUACCAAUUUCACAGAACUCGGAAAUUAGCUCUAAAAUCAAGGAUCAUUUAAAAAUAUUUGAAAGUGUUGAAGAUGAUGAAUUGGGGAAUGCUCUCCAAAGACUAUACCUAGAGUUUGUUAAUCAAAUUGGUACUAAAAUUCAGUGUUUUUAUCAGGAGCGAGUAGAAAUCAUCACAAAGCAAAAUCUAAUGAUUGAAAACAAUUCAAUCAUUUUAUUUAGAACAGUACAUGAUGUUUUUGUUGCAAGGUAUAUGGAAAACAUUGAUGCUAUACAAAAAUUUUUUAUAAAAGCCAUUCGUGAAGUUCCAAACAAAAAUACCCUUUCAAAUACCCGGUUUGAAAAUCAUAUUAAAGAUAUUCUUGAAAAUUUCUAUAAUGAAAAUAAAUGUCCGAGUAGAAUCGAAAAAGAAGAGCUAAGCAAAAGGGCAGGCAUUACUGUCAAGCAAUUGGAAACAUGGUUUAAUAACAAAAGAACUCGUUCUAAGGAUGAUAACGACGAUGAUGAAGGUAUAAAAAAAUUUUUAGACGAAAAGAUGGAUUGGGAUACAAUAUUCGUUAGUAUUGAUAAAGGAACUUUAACUUCAAAAGACAUUUAUACUAUGAUAUCUCGUAAACUUAAUUGCGAAAAUGAGGAAGAAAAUUCUAAAGACGUUGAGAAGCAGCAAUCUAUACCUCCAGAAAAUUUAGAUGAAAUUUUAUUAAACGAAAAUUCACCAAGUGCUGUGGAAUCCAUAUCAACUACAUCUCGAAAAUCUUUGAUCAUUCGAUCACGUAUUACCAAAGAGGCACGUAAAUCAACAGCGCCUUAUUCUACAAUGACGCCUAGGAUAAAAAAACAUUCUAAACAUACAAAUGUUGAAACAUCGACAAACAAUCCACAGCCACCUUUUCUUAAUCAAUCACUACAAACAAAUCCAACUUUUCAGCAUUCAGUUGAAUUGGCCAAUAAUUAUUCAGAUGGGUUAGAACAUACAAUUACUUUGAUUACAAACGAAGAACCAAAUUUAACAACAACAUCCAAUAGUUUAAAAGCUCGCUAUCGUCCCAACAAAAAUUAUGUAAGGACUAAUGCGUCACCAUAUUUACGUUUAUCGUCAAGCGAUCAAUCAAGUGCUAAAGGAAAAACAAGUGAGAUUAUGGAUAAUAUUAACAUUGAUUUAUUAUUAUCAACAAACCCUGCUAUUUUCAACGAAAAUCAAUUAUUGUUACAUAAUACAUAUAAUACAACGAAUAAUUUAUUAUUUCAUAAUAGUCAACAACAAUCUUUAGGAGAAGAUUUUAUGAACAACAAUUCUAUAGCAAAUAUUCAAUUAGGAACCAAUUAUGAAUUUGAAAAAUUACAAUCAAACAACAUAAUAAUUGAUAAUUGGUUGUACGAUAAAGGAGAAUCUAAUAAUAAUAAUAAUCCAUUUGAAACAACCUUGUCAGGAUUUGAUGUAAAUAAUUACUAUGAAACCAAUGGUAUUUUUCCAACGAAUAGUAGUACAACAGGCAAUCCUUUGUUUAUGUUACCAGGGGUUGAAGGAAAUAAUUCAAUUGAUACCAUUCAUAAUAACAAUAUAACUUUAAAUCAAUCAUCUUAUUAUUUCGAAUAUAAUUUUAAUCCAAAUUGGGUAUCAAAUGAACCAUUGAACAUGAAUUAUACCUUUUUAGAAGAAGACACAACUUUGUCUGCUCCUACGAACAAUCUUUUUUCUCAAACAAAUUAUACUGUUCUGGGACAAAAUAAUAUUAGCAAUGAAUUAAAUGCAUUUUCACUCACAAAUUUUCAAGAACAAUAG